CCAACGGCUACAAUAGAAUAUGAUACACUGAGUAGAAAGUAGAGAAAGACCGAAAACUGGAGUCAAAAUUGAGUGUGGCUCUGGGAUCUGAAAUCUCACGGAUCAAACCCAAGAACAAGCUCAAUUUUCCCUCUUCCACAACUCGCCGCCGUCUCUUAUGGCUCCAAAACCGAUCACGAGUCCAGUCCCGGAAGUAUGGUACCCAACUCUGGCGGUCGUAAUGCUCGCCGUCGGCCUCGUCCUUACCGCUUUCUUUUUCAUCUAUGAAGCAACAUCUUCUAGGAAAACCCGCAGUCUUGCCAAGGAGCUGACAACAGGAGCAGUAGCAUCUGUAUUCUUGGGUUUCGGGUCCUUGUUCUUACUACUCUCUUCUGGUGUUUAUGUCUAAAUUUUAAGUGGCAAAAAUCGCAAAAUUUUUUUGAGUCAUGUAAGGAUUUCUUGAAGAAUAAUAUAAAUGACUUAUAACUUAUGUUCUGUUUUCUGAAAUGAGAUUGAGAACCUUUACCUUCUUUCACAGGAAAUGGGUUUUCAUUCGUAUGACAGUGAAUACUUUAUUAUGCAUUGCUAUAGGAAAUUUCUGGUUUAUUUUUUAAA